AGUCAUCUCAGCUGCUGCACCUUCUGUGGCCAUGUGACCUUGCCCCCAGCAGACCUCUGCUUGUCCCUCCAUCUCCUGGCCACUCCCUCCCAAAGCUCUGGCCCUCCGUCUUCUCCUUUCCAUUGCAAAAGCAAGUCGAAUUCAUAGCAGUUUAAAAAGCCAGAAACAGAAACUGUUAGCUCACUAUCUGGAGAGCCCGCCACCCUACCACUCUGCCUCCUGUUGGCACUGUCCCCAUGGGAGCAAGCGUGCAAGCCUGGAAUUGUCCAGGAAAGAGGUCCCAGUGGCUCCCGGCCCUGCUGCCAUGCCCUUUGUCAUGUGCUGUCACAGCCCUCCCCUCACCUCAUUCAUUCCUGGAAGCCCUGCCCCCUUGCUCCAGGGACUGUGCCCCUCCCCUGAUGUUCUGGGGUGGCCGGAGUGUGGCUGCCUGGGCUCUGUGGAGCUGUGCCUCAACAACCUGGCAGCCCCAUGUGGUCAGCAUGCAUGGCCACGCUCCCUCCCCUGGACCACACAUGUCUGCAUUGGGGUGAAAAAGGAUGGGGUGUAAUUACUUGAUUAUUUCUGGUCAGACGGUGUCCUCAGGGCCCCAAGCCACAGGGGAAUGGAUUCCCCCUGGAUAGUGGCCCCUGACUUUGCCCUCAAAGGUUUAGAAAGUUUCCUGUGGGGCUUGGAGUACAGGAUCCCAUAAAAGCCACCACUGAGGGACACUGGGCCUUCAUAGCCACAGAAGGUCUUUUGGUGCCAGUCAACAGUGGGCCUGUGCCCCCCUGCCCCACGCCUCCCUUUCCUGGGUGCCAAGCUCUUUCCAAACGACAUUUGCGUCCAUCUGGGCUCCCUCGUCCUAGCCUGGCUGCUCAAGCUCCAACUAAGGCAGCCUCUGGCCUCCCUUCCCAGGCCCAGGGCAGAAGCUGGCUGCUGGCCAGCGGUUGUCUUCUGGGUCGGUGCGGGUGGAGUCUGGCUGGUCUGUCCUCCACCCUUUCCACCUCCUGGCAAGUCCUGAGCUGCACCUCAUUGCCUGGCCAAGGGGCGGAGACACGGGCGACUGGGGGCACCUCCGGUGACAAGGACGGGGUUGCGCUCCAAAGAGGCCGUUGGGCCUGGAGUGGGGUUGGGGGUCCGAGAAGAGUUGAGUGACAUCUGCCACCCCAUCCCGGGUUCAGCUGUUUCAGCCCCUCUCAGCGCACGGAGACUGUUAGACCCUUCCCGUCCUCCAGCGCGUCCCGCGCCGCUCCCACACCGCACGAUAAGCCCCACCGGGAGUGCGCCAUAGGCCGGGGUGCGUCACGGGGCCGGGGUGGGGCGGGCCGGGCCGGAGUCCGGACGUCGGGAGCGGGAUGGCGGCGGAACAGGACCCCGAGGGGCGCGCGGCGGCGCGGCCGCUGCUCACCGACCUCUACCAGGCCACCAUGGCGUUGGGCUAUUGGCGCGCGGGCCGGGCGCGGGACGCCGCCGAGUUCGAGCUCUUCUUCCGCCGCUGCCCGUUCGGCGGCGCCUUCGCCUUGGCCGCCGGCUUGCGCGACUGUGUGCGCUUCCUGCGCGCCUUCCGUCUGCGGGACGCCGACGUGCAGUUCCUGGCCUCGGUGCUGCCCCCAGACACAGACCCUGCGUUCUUCGAGCACCUUCGGUCCCUCGACUGCUCCGAGGUGACGGUGCGAGCCCUGCCCGAGGGCUGCCUCGCCUUCCCGGGCGUGCCGCUCCUGCAGGUGUCCGGGCCGCUGCUGGUGGUGCAGCUGCUGGAGACACCGCUGCUCUGCCUGGUCAGCUACGCCAGCCUGGUGGCCACCAAUGCAGCGCGGCUUCGCUUGAUCGCAGGGCCAGAGAAGCGGCUGCUAGAGAUGGGCCUGAGGCGGGCUCAGGGCCCGGAUGGGGGCCUGACAGCCUCCACCUACAGCUACCUGGGCGGUGAGGGUCUGGUGCGGGGGAAGGCAAGGGCCGGGAAGGAGGAGCCCCGUCCUGGCCCAAAGUCCCCCAAUCCCACACCUUCCUCCCCAGGCUUCGACAGCAGCAGCAACGUGCUAGCGGGCCAGCUCCGAGGUGUGCCGGUGGCGGGGACCCUGGCCCACUCCUUCGUCACUUCCUUUUCGGGCAGUGAGGUGCCCCCUGACCCGGUCAGUCCCUCCUCUCAAUCCUGCCGUCUCCAGGCGACAGACCUCAAGCCAGCCCUUGCCCUGGGGAGAGGUGUGCCACCCAGGCAGGUCACCCCAGUGCUGUCCCAGGAAGCUGGCACAGGCUGCAUUACCUUUGCCCUCAAACUAGGGUGUCCCUGGCUGCUCCCAGGCCUCAUUCUGCAUUCCUGGCCCCCAUUCUUCACCAACCCCAUUCCACAGAUGUUGGCGCCGGCAGCUGGUGAGGGCCCUGGGGUGGACCUGGCGGCCAAAGCCCAGGUGUGGCUGGAGCACGUGUGUGCCCACCUGGGGCUGGGGGUGCAGGAGCCACACCCAGGUGAGCGGGCAGCCUUUGUGGCCUAUGCCUUGGCCUUUCCCCGGGCCUUCCAGGGCCUCCUGGACUCCUACAGCGUGCGGAGGAGUGGUCUCCCCAACUUCCUAGCAGUCGCCCUGGCCCUGGGAGAGCUGGGCUACCGGGCAGUGGGUGUGAGGCUGGACAGUGGUGACCUGCUACAGCAGGCCCAGGAGAUCCGCAAGGUGUUCCGAGCUGCUGCAGCCCAGUUCCAGGUGCCCUGGCUGGAGUCAGUCCCCAUUGCAGUCAGCAACAACAUUGAUGAGGAGGCGCUGGCCCGACUGGCCCAGGAGGGCAGUGAGGUGAAUGUCAUUGGCAUUGGCACCAGUGUGGUCACCUGCCCCCAACAGCCUUCCCUGGGCUGCGUCUAUAAGCUGGUGGCCGUGGGGGGCCAGCCACGAAUGAAGCUGACCGAAGACCCCGAGAAGCAGACGUUACCUGGGAGCAAGGCUGCUUUCCGGCUCCUGGGCUCUGACGGGUCUCUACUUAUGGACGUGCUGCAGUUAGCAGAGGAGCCAGCGCCACAGGCUGGGCAGGAGCUGAGGGUGUGGCCUCCAGGGGCCCAGGAGCCCUGCACCGUGAGGCCAGCCCAGGUGGAGCCACUACUGCGGCUCUGCCUCCAGCAAGGACAGCUAUGUGAGCCGCUCCCAUCCCUGGCAGAGUCUAGAGCCUUGGUCCAGCUGUCCCUGAGCCAACUCAGCCCUGAGCACAGGCGGCUGCAGAGCCCUGCACAGUACCAGGUGGUGCUGUCUGAGAGGCUGCAGGCCCUGGUGAACAGUCUGCGUGCAAGGGCGUCCCCCUGAGACUGCCAGCUGCAGGCCCCAGUGGACAGUCUGCGUGCAGGGGCGUCCCCCUGAGACUGCCAGCUGCAGGCCCCAGUGGACAGUCUGUGUGCAGGGGCGUCCCCCUAAGACUCGGAGCGGGGCUGCCUGGAAACAACACGAAUCGCUCACUUCUCCCCACA